UAAAUAUUUCUGAACAAUUAAAAAAAUAAAAACUAAACCAAAAAGAUAUGGGCCAACCGCUCAUCUUUUUCUCCUUCAUCUCUCUCUAACCCACCACCUCCACAUUCAACCCACCACACCACCUCCUCCACGCUCUUCCCUCCGUCUGCUGCUCCCGUUCUAAUACCUAUCAAGGGGAAGAUUCUUGAAGAAAUCAAGAAAAACCAAGAAAUGUGGGAGAGACUGCUUGAAGAACCACCAUCAAGCGAACAAUAGCGGGUUCCUAAGCUCUCUCUCCUGGGCGAUUUUCUUGAUUCAUCAUGAAACCCUAAUUUUCUUUGAGAUUCAUUUGUAUAACAGUAUGUGAUUAGAGGUUGUUUAUCAAUUCUCAAUAACGAACUAGUUAGCAAUAGUAAUCAACCUGAAAUCAGGGUUUUUUUCGUUUUCUGCUUCAUCGCCACCAUAGUUGCCGUCUUGAGAUCCUGACAUAUUAAUCUGGUUGAUAUUGGUCGCGAUUAACUGUGAUUAAUUUAGCUAGAUUGAUUCUCUGGGUUAAUUUGUUAAGGAUUGAUUUUCGGCUCUAGGGUUUCAGGAUUAGGGUUUUAUUUUCUGUCUCUGGUUCUUCGUAUUCUGGGCUUUUGGACGUGUCUGGGUGUGUAUGCUGGUUUCUGUUACGUUGUUUUAGAGAGAGUUGUAUUUCUUUCAAUGAUUGAUCGUGAUUUUAAAGGGAAUAACAUCCCACCGGAUUUGGUGAAUCGAGGUUUGGGCGAUCAGGAUGGUUAUCCUUUUUCUCCGACGGCUACGGACGGCCUGAAUGAUUUGGCAUCUCAAGAGUUAGGGUCUACUCCGAAAUCAAUCCCCGUUCGAGGUAUUGGUCUCCGCGUGACUAACAUUGAAGGUAAACCUUUGUUGCCGAGGAGAGGUAUGUAUUUUUCUGAUAAUGUUUCGGUCAUUGAUGGGCUUGCUGCUUUGUCCAAGCCGGUUAAUAUUGAAAGUGUGGAGAAGGUGAAUGUUCCUGCUCAGGGUGCCAGUAGUCAGGGUAUAAGUAGUCAGCAAGGUCCUGGUAAUGUAGUAAAACCUGCAUCAUAUGCUGAUUCUUUUAGAGGAACUAAUGCGAUGAAGGUGAAUUUUCGUUCUUUAGCGACUGAUGAGAAACAAGAUGGGUGUGAUGUUGUCCUUUCUAGGGAUUCGGUCAGAGUUGUGCAUGAUAAGCUUCCGAACACAUUGUAUGGGUAUUUUCUGGGGGAUCGGGUUGCAUAUCCCGUGGUGGAUUAUUAUGUUAGGAAUAAUUGGAAGCGGUUUGGACUGCAAAAAUCAAUGAUGAAUGCUAACGGUUUCUUCUUCUUUAAGUUUGCGGAUCAAGCAGGUAUGCAAAAAGUUCUUACUAAGGGGCCAUGGAUUAUUCGGUCACAACCUUUGUUCUUAGAAGUUUGGUCGCCGUCGAUAAAGCUUGAGAAGAGAGAAGUGAAAAAGGUUCAGGUUUGGGUUAAGUUUCAUGAGGUUCCUCUAGCGGCAUAUACGGAGGAUGGGUUAAGUUUAAUUGCAACAACUAUUGGCGAGCCAAAAGCUUUGGAUUCGUUUACCACCUCAAUGUGUGUUGAUAUGUGGGGUAGGAGUAGUUUUGCUCGUGCUCUGGUUGAAAUUUCAGCUGAUACCGAUCUCAAGGAGGAGCUAACUAUUGCGGUCCCUUGUCUUGAUGGGGAUGGUGUCACGGCCCCGACCCGGUUUGACCCGUUUCAGGAGCCGCGGAACAGAAAUCCCGUGAUAUCUAUUUAAUUGAUUUUUGCAGCGGAAGUUUAUCAUUAGGAUCUUUUUAAAGCUAAAACUUUUCCUGACUAUUUUAUUUCACAACUCGGGAUA